AUGAUAGGUAUACGGCCGUUUACGGCUCAGGUUGAUCGACCUGGGGAUACAGCGAAAAACAAGCCACGUCUCGAUCAUGAUGGAUAUUCUUACAUCAUGGAUCGAUCUACAAGUGAAAAAAACUAUUGGCGAUGCAUUAAAUACUUCUCAGAUCAAUGUCACUCUCGUCUUCAUACAUGUAUUUUCACAAAUGCUAUUGUCAAACCACCAAGUGAACACACAUGUAAAGUCAACGGUACAACACUUGAACUCAGAGUCUUCAAUGAACUCGUUGCUGAUCGGGCUAUCAAUACUCAAGAAACACCGGACACCAUCAUCACAAAUUGCUAUAAAAACAUAUCUGACCGAUCGAUCGCUCGUUUACCAGCACGCGAUAAUAUUAAACGACGAAUCAGAAUGUUGCGACACAAUAAUCAAGUGGUGAAAGAACCAAAUGAUCCAAAUUUCCCUUCUGUUCCUAUUCAAUUGACGAAAACUGCACGAAAAGAUCAAUUUCUUCGCUGUGAUACAGGACCAGGGGAUGAUCGAAUCCUGAUAUUCGCAAGUGAUGAGCAAGUAGAUGUUUUGCAAGAUACGGAUGAAUUUCUCGUGGAUGGAACAUUUAAAGUAGUUCCUGAUAUAUUUUAUCAGUUGUAUAUUAUCCAUGGUGUGUUUCGUGAUCAUGCAAUUCCAUUGAUUUACGCUUUAUUACGUCGAAAAACAAAAGAAACAUAUCAACAUCUUAUACGUGAAAUACUUAACAUUGCUCUUCGUUGGUCACCACGUGCUGUUAUGCUCGAUUUUAAACAAGCUUCAUUUGGUGCUUUCCAAGCAGCGUUUCCAAAUGCAUCAUUAUCCGGAUGUUAUUUUCAUUUAAGACAAAGCAUUCAUCGGAAACUUCAGAUUUUACGAUAUCAUAUUUUAGGACGACUUCGAUCAAAUAGAACGCGAAGAAAACCUAUGUUUGAAAUCGAUUUCUGGAAUAUGCACAGAAGAACAACCCAAUCUUUAAUGAGAACGAAUAAUUCUGCCGAAGCUUAUAAUCGAAGAAUUCGGUCAGUAUUUCAAUGUGCUCAUCCAACAUUAUGGGUUUUUCUUCAAAAGUUAAUUAACGAAGAAACAGGAACUCAUGCGGAUAUUUUACACAUCUGUGCUGGUCAACCACCAAAAAAGGAAAAAAGAAAUGAACGAUUGGAAAUACGGCUGCUGAAUCUUCUUGGAAAUCCUCAUCGAGAUAUUUCGGUUCAAAUUAAUUCAAUUGCUUAUAAUAUUUCAUUGUAA